AUGUCAUUAUUGGGUGUAUUGCAUAAUUAUAAUCGAGGUAAUUACAAAUUAAAUCCUGUAAUUGUACAAGAAGAUGAUUAUAAUGUAUAUUACGGUGGAAUAAGUAAUGGUUUAUUAUGGCCUGCAUUACAUAAUUUGGAAGAAUAUAUUGUCAAAGAAUAUGAUGAGCCAAAGGUAAUACGUGAACAUUGGUAUGCAUAUGUUCGAGUAAAUUAUCAAUUUGCUAUUGAUGCUGUUCGAAAUAGUCGACCACAGGUAUUUUUACUUAAUAAAGCAUAA